AUGAUAUGUCUGGCUCUUUUCGGAGAUCAACCAAGAAAUGCAAAGGUCACUGAAAAGCUAGGAAUCUCUACAAAUCUAAGAAAAACUGAAAUCUCUUCGGAAAAAAUUGCAACAGCAAUUCGUGAGGUGCUAGAAAACGAUAGGUAUAGAUAUCUUUUGGAUAUUUCACGGUAUUGUAGCCCAACCUGUUCGGAUUUACAAUGUAAAGCGAAAAGAAAAACUCUAAGAAUGGAGCCAAGCAAUGUUUUCAGAUACCGAGCGACUGCCAGGAGACUAGCUCGUAUGGUUCGCAAGAAGCCUGUCUCUCCAAAAGAUUUGCUAAUAAAAUGGACCGAAUUCCUUGCCGAAUUCAAAACACUCGAAAAUUUAGUACCAGCUGGGAAUAAGUUGAAUUGGAUACAAUAUCACUCCGUAGAUGUGGUUCUAUUCUUAGCAACAAUUAUGUUUUCAGUAAUUCUCAUAUUUUAUAUUGUUGCUAAGCUUGUCCUUGCGUUGUUGUGCCGGCGUUUCAAGCAGAAUGAUGAGAAAAAAAUUCUUUAA